AUGACAGAAUCGUUGUCCAACAGUUUAAAAGUGCAGCUUCGUUCUGCAGAUGCCAAAGUCCCAACAAAGGGAUCUACCACUGCAGCUGGUUAUGACAUUUACGCUUCACAACCAGGUGUGAUUCCAGCCAGAGGCCAAGGAAUUGCUAAGACAGACAUAUCUUUUACUGUCCCAGUGGGAACAUACGGUAGAAUCGCUCCUAGAUCCGGCCUGGCCGUGAAGCAUGGUAUUCAAACCGGUGCUGGUGUUGUCGACAGAGAUUACACCGGUGAAGUUGGUAUAGUGUUGUUUAACCAUUCAGACAAGGAUUUCCAAAUUAACAAAGGUGAUCGUGUAGCGCAAUUGAUUCUCGAGAAGAUCGUUGAGGACGCAGAGAUCGUUGUCGUCGAAUCCUUGGAGGAAACUCAACGUGGUGCCGGUGGUUUUGGUUCUACUGGUAAGAAUUAG